AGUUCCGGCGGCAGCGGGAGGGCGGGGGCCGGGCAGAGCCGCCGCGGCCUCGGCAGCAGCUGCAGCCGGAGCGGCGCGGGGGGCCAGGCCCCCGCCAUGGAGAUCGAGAAGGAGUUCCAGCGGCUGGACCAGGCCGCCAGCUGGCCCGCCAUCUACCAGGACAUCAAGCAUGAAGCCAGUGAUUUUCCAUGUAAAGUGGCCAAACAUCCCAGAAACAAGAAUAGAAAUAGGUACAGAGAUGUCAGCCCCUUUGAUCACAGUCGAAUUAAGCUAAACCAAGGUGACAAUGACUAUAUCAAUGCUAGUUUGAUAAAAAUGGAAGAGGCCCAAAGGAGCUACAUCCUUACCCAGGGACCUUUGCCAAAUACUUGUGGUCACUUUUGGGAGAUGGUUUGGGAACAGAAAAGCCGUGGUGUUGUCAUGUUGAACAGAGUGAUGGAAAAGGGAUCCGUAAAGUGUGCACAGUACUGGCCACGGAAGGAAGAGAAAGAAAUGUUUUUUGAAGAUACAAACUUGAAACUAACCUUGAUAUCUGAAGAUAUCAAAUCCUACUACACAGUACGACAGCUGGAAUUGGAAAACCUGACCAGCCAGGAAACCCGAGAGAUUCUGCACUUUCACUACACCACCUGGCCCGACUUCGGGGUGCCGGAGUCGCCGGCGUCGUUCCUGAAUUUCCUGUUCAAGGUGCGGGAGUCGGGCUCGCUGAGCCCCGGGCACGGCCCCGUGGUGGUGCACUGCAGCGCGGGCAUCGGCAGGUCGGGCACCUUCUGCCUGGUGGACACCUGCCUGCUGCUGAUGGACAAACGGAAAGAUCCUUCUUCCGUGGACGUCAAGCAGGUUCUCCUGGAGAUGAGGAAGUACAGGAUGGGGCUCAUCCAGACUGCAGACCAGCUCCGCUUCUCCUACCUAGCUGUUAUUGAAGGGGCAAAAUUCAUCAUGGGAGAUGCUUCAGUGCAAGAGCAGUGGAAAGAGCUCUCCAACGAGGACCUGGAGCCACCCCCUGAGCACACCCCCCCACCUCCCAGGCCCCCGAAGAGAACCUCAGAGAUGCACAACGGGAGGAUGCACGAGCACCCCGAGCUCCUGGGCAAGCCCCAGGCAGGGGAGGAGGAGAUCAGGAGCUCGCUCAGCAGCGUGGAGGAGGCAGCUGCAGACAGCAGGGCCCGCUCAGCUGCGGCCCCCAGCACAGACAGCACUAGUCACGACACUGAAGCCCGGAGGAGACCGGUGGGGGACAACCCGCGGCUCGCGCCCCGCAAGGAGGAGUCGGUGAAGGAGAGCUCGGAGGAGGAGGAUGAGAGCGUGGUGGCCACUUGGAAGCCCUUCCUCGUGAAUAUCUGCAUGUUCACGUUCCUGACGGCGGGAGCUUACCUGUGCUACAGGGUGUGUUUCCACUGAGGGCGGCAGGAGCGCCGCUCGCGCCCGGCUCCGCGGAGCCCCGCCAGGCAGGGCAGCCUUGGCUCACAGCAGGUAGAUUUAGGGGAAAGGCCAGAACUUUGGGUAGGGCUUCAUGAGAGAAUUGAUUGAUGCACUAGGGUUUUAUCCAGCCCUGUGGUCCCAAGAACAUAAUAUUGUAAUCUCAGGGCCUUGAAAUAUUCAGGAGUAAGCAGAGAAAAUGCCAAAUAGUCUGUUUUCCUUUUUUGUUUUCCUUUUUUUUUUUAACUAAAUAAUAGAAUUACAACACAUUGUUGUUUUUAGACUUUUUAAAAAAGCCAGUUCAUUUUCUUUUGUUUCAAAAAAACUAGGCACAAGUGAAACUUGCUUGUACUCUCCAAGUGUUGUAACCAAAUACAUGACUUACAUUGACAAGUUCCCAA